AUGUAGCUUUAAGUUAUUUGUAAUAAGUAAUCAUGGACUUUCAAAAGACCAUUAGCUGAACUUAACAUUAAAAAAAUUCUAAAAAGACUUCCUUUAAGAAUUGACAACCUCCCUAAUUAGUUCACACUUCAAUAUGAAGAUCUUGAUGGAGAUAUGAUUGAUGUCACAUGUGAUUCUGACUUAUAAACCAUAAAGGAAUGUUAAUUGGAUAAUAAAUUAGUAACAUUGUAAUUAUUUAUUCACUUAUUGUAGUUAUGUACGAGAAGUUCAAGAUGAAGGAUUUAAGAAAGAAUAAUAAUGUCACAAAAGAGGAAACAGAAAAGAACAUAUAAAAUAAAUAGUUAACCAGCAAGUUAUGGUACUAAUCCCUGAGAUUACUAAGUAAGUUAAAUUAUAAAUGACUACUGAUGAUAUUUAAAAAGAAAUAGAAACAUUAUCAAUUAAGAACAAAAAUUAAGUAGAAGUCAGAGAAACUAAUAAAAUAGUACAUGAGAAAAUUAUGUGUGAUGGAUGUAAAAUGUUUCCAAUUCUAGGAAUCAGAUAUAAAGUAAAUUUAACAAAUAACAAUAUAGUGCCCAAUAUGCUAAGACUUUGAUUUAUGUGAAAAAUGUGAAGAUUUAGGCACACAUAAACAUGCUAUGUUGAAAAUUAGAAAACCAGAAUAGGCUCCUUCAAUUCUAGUGACAGCUAUUGUAUUAAAUAAUUUAAAUAAUUAGGAUGAUAAAUAAGAUUUACCAUAAGAAAAUACUUCAAGAACCUAAAUUGAUUAGAUGAUGGAACGUUCUAAUUAGAUGUCUAUUGGAUUCCCUAAUUUCUGCAUGUUUCAUUAACCAUAACAAGUUUAGGAAGCUCACUUAAAUGAAUCCACCAAUCCAAUUAUUGUGGAAUUAUGCGAAUUAUUGGGAAUAAGACCAGAAAUAGCUUAGACAUUGAUAGAAUUAUUCCCCACUCAAAGUGCUAAGGAGAUAAUGGAAAUUGUAGGAGAUGAUAUAGAAUACUUGAAUUCUCUUCAAAAAUCAACCAUUUGA